AUGUUCAUGGAAAAGUUCAAGCAAGCAGAUCGCGACGUCGGUGACAUACCGGAUAACGUCCCGCUAGAGGCGCUCCGUAACGGCCUCUGGUACGAUACCAAGUUCAAGGAAGACUUAUCGCUGAGACCUCCCGCGACUUUGGAGGACACAUUCCAUCGAUCCCAGAGCAACAUCUUCUUCGAGGAGGAUAAACGCUUCUAUGCCGAAAAGCACGGCGAUAGAAGGACGCUCCCGUCGAGACCUAAUGAGGACGCAACGCAUUCUGCCGCUUUCAUGGGAGGAACAGCCACUCAACUGAAAACUGUAAGCAUCUCAUCUAUAACCUUAUGUGCAUGUACUAUCUGGGAGAAAUCCCACCGAUGGAAGGUAAUCGAUCUUGGGGGAAAGGUUUCGCUUCGAGACCAACCAAGCCGGGACAACAAGAAAAGCGGCCGCGACCGUUCCAUCCUAAGAAAGACAAAGGGAAACCUGAUGCGCCACCAGAAGAACCGUGACGACCUGCCACCGCCGCCGAAGCGACAAGUCAGCAUGAUCAUGGGAGGCCUCCUAGACAGCAACGACUCCAUAUCGGCGAUCAAGGAAUAUGAGCGGAAGGCCGUCAUUCUGGUCGACACCGGAAGCACGGUAAACCUGAUCUUCAAAGAGACAUUGGACCGCAUGGGAGUCGAAGAGAAUUCCAUCAAGCCCGCGUCUUGCUCUCUCACCUGCUUCACUGCCGAGCACGUCUUCCACUGCGGGAUCUCAAAGAUCGUGAAGUUCAUCGUCAUGGACAAGCCAGGUAUCUACAAUGCAAUCUUCGGCACACCCUGGCUCCAUAACAUGAAGGCUGUCAUCUCCACAUUCCACCAAUGCGUGAAGUUUCCAACACCAUCAGGAAUUUUCACCUUACGCGGAAACGAGAGAGUGACGAGGUAA